AAAUCCCUAACGCAGACUCAAUACCCUUCGGGCCUGGCACAUCUCUCUCUCUCUCACCCCUCCUUCUCCAACUCCGGCCGCCGCCACGGCCAGGACGGCGUCGUGGUGCGCCUCCACCUCCCAUCCAUCCACUAGCUCCACCGUGCCAUCUCCACCAGUUGCCGCUGCAUCAUCCACCAUCUCGCGCCCCCGAUGCUCUUCUCCUCCCCACGUCCGAACUGCUACUGCUCCUCCACCUUUCUUCUCCCCCCAAAUUCUGCUGCUGCUUUCUCUCUAACCUCCCCACGCCUCUGCUUCUUCUUCUCCCUCUCCUUGCUGCUACUCCUUCCUCUCACGUCCCCCUACUGCUGCUCUUCUUCUUGCGCCGAUCUGCUGCUGCUCUGCUUCCUCCACUAAACUGCUGCUACCUCUGCUUCUUCUCUUCCUAUUGCUGCUUCUCCCUUCUCCAACUUCCUGCUACUGCCUCCUUCUUCUCUUGCUCCGCUCCUCCUCCUAAUUUUCUCUAAACCAGAAAACUGCUGCUGCUCUCCUCCAACUUGCUGUUGCUGCUGCUUCUCUCUCUCUCUCUCCGAUCUCAAAUUUCUGUAAUCUUGAGAAGUUUAUUGUUCAGUACUUUGGAAUAUUCAGAAUUGAGAUGUUUAGUUCAUGUAAUAUUCAGAUUUGAUAAGAGCUUGCAAUCUGACAAUUGUUCAGUUUCGUACUUGUGAAACAUAGUGCAUUUUAUUAUGCGCUCUGACUAGUUAAUGUCUAGUUGUUUGGAUAAUAUUUGGUAUGUUUGAUUGAUGUGUGAAUUACCGGUCUGCUAGCAUAUAUGUGUGUUCACCUUGUGUACUAGUCCCCUGUACUAGUUAACUUCCAGUACUAGUUAACUUUGUGUGUGUUUAAUUUUCAGUCUCUGUGAUAGCUUUGUCUCUGUGACAAAUAUGUUUGUAAUGUGAACCAUUUCCAUUCUGCUUUAUGUGUCCAUGUCCUGUUGUUCCCUUUGUGUUACUGUUUUAGUUUCUCAUGCAAAUAAAAAAUAAUAUCAAAAAGACAGAGAGUAUAAUCUGAAUCUCCCUUUGCUUCUUUUCGUUUACUUUGUCGCCGAUUUUCCGAAAUGAUCUUAGAUACUUUAGGUUUAUUUUCCCAGUAAUCGUCACUUAAAUUGUCUAGCCUAGCUUUAGUCAAGCAUCAUUGCUGAUCGUCUAGUCCCUGUGGAGAACACGACACUCGCAGUUCGGGCGAAAUAUCCCGCUGUACUUUUAAUUGAUCAAUUUGGCGCCGUUGCCAGGGACUUACGUCGAGCGAUUGUGUUAGGCUAUAGACUAGGUUUACUUUAGUUCCUUGUUCAAUUCGUCGUGUAUUUCAUCUUCAGUGUUUUUUUCUUCUAUUUUCCCCCAUUGUUGCUUCGGCUUAUUAGGAUACUAACCUUCUAACUAAUGUUUACUGUUUAUGAGUGUGUGUAGGGAAUCAUAAAUCUUUGCAGGUUGUUCUAUAGUUACACUUGGUUAAGAUAUGGCAUUGCUUCAUGAUCUUUGGAUGCCAAGUAGUCAAUGUUAUAUCACAGGACCAGUUUGGCCAACUAUUGAGGUAGAGAAUUUUGAGCUGAAGCCUGGUCUUAUUGCUUUGGUUCAACAACAACAGUUUGGAGGACUGCCUACUGAUGAUCCCUAUGAGCACUUACACCGAGUCAUGGAGUAUUCAGAUACAGUCAAGUACCAUAGAGUUCCUCAAGAUGCAAUCAUGUGCAGGUUGUUCACAUUCUCCCUCCGUGAUGAUGCUCGUGCUUGGUAUCGAUCCUUGCCAUCAAGGUCAUACAGUUGGAAUGAGAUAUCCCGAGCUUUCUUGGAUAAAUAUUUCCCACUACACAAGCAGUCCGCAAUUCGAGAUGAGAUCUUCAAUUUCGUUCAGCGUGAAGGCGAGAGCUUGUAUGAUGCUUGGGAGAGAUACAAAGCCUUAUUCAGGAGAUGUCCUAAUCAUGGGCUCGAGAGAUGGUUAGAGCUGCAGAUAUUCUAUAGAGGAUUGACUUCGGACACUCGAGCUUACGUCGAUAUGGCAGCGGGUGGAGCUAUUACAAACAAGACACUUGAUGAAGCUUUUCUGCUGAUUGAGAGCAUAGCUUUCCACCAACUUCAGUGGUACAAUAAGAAGCCCACGUCUGAUUCAUUGGUUUGCUUGCAACAAAUCACUACACCUCAACCACCAAUUCUUACACAAAAGCCUGAGCCUCUAUCUCAGUGUGACAAGGUUGAGCUUGCAUGGAUUAUAUUUGACGAUGAUGACACCAUUCUAGUUGACACACAUGCUACAGAUCAUCUGGAUAUUAGUGUUGGAGAUUCAGUUUUGCAUUGUGAUGAUUCUUCCAUGGAUGAGCCAGAGCUGCAGUUCGUUGCUUUUGAUAUUGAGGAGUCACCUUUAGUUGAUAUUGAUCAUGUGCUGCUAGAGCCAGAUAUGGAGAAGUUCGCCUUUGAUGAUGUCAGCCGCAUUGAUUCUUCAACACUUGAGCCUGAGAUGGAGAGCUUCAUGGUUGAUUAUGGUGAGGUGGAUUCAGAUGUCAAGGAGUCAAGCUCUAUUUCACUUGUUGACACGAGUCCGGUGGAAAUUUCUACUACCACACCUCACUUGGUAUCUUCAAUGGAGGUAGUCCUGAAGCUUCUUCCUAACUAUCUCAGGUUUACGCUUGUGCACCAUUCAUUACGGGCCGACCAAGUUCGAGAUGACAUCCCAUGGGAUCCUGGUGGAUUCACGGCAUGGUGAUGAGGAGAAGCAAAGAGCACACAUGAGGAAGAGCGAAGCUGGAGCAGGCAUGAGGAUGGAGAAGCAAAAGGAGAGGAGCAGCAACUUAGAGAGUGAUCAAGCAAGUGCUACUUCAUAGUGCUCGGUGAGCUGUUUCAUGACCCAUUCCGAGUAUAUCAUCCAUUGAUAAAUGCUGAAAUCAAAUGUUAUUUGGGUUUCUUAAGCCAUGUCUUAAAUGUUGCCCCACUGAAUUUUAUUUGACAUAUGGUGCUUGAUGAGAAUAUGCGAACUGAUUGUUGAAUGCCUUGUAAACUAGUGAUCUACAACCUGUUUGCUUCGCUGAAAGUAGUGAAAGCUAUUAGUUUUGAGUGCUCAAAUCCCUAGUACACUAGAAAACUUAAUCAUUUUCUGCUUUUACCUCGAUACACCUAGAUCAUUAAGUGUCAGAUGUUGAGUUUGUGCCUAAUGUGUUCCCAUUGAGAGCAAUCACCUAACAACUAUGGAUUAGCAUGCUAUGUUCCCUGGAACGGUAGCAUGUGAACCAGACAUGGAGAAGUGAUGAUUCCUAUUUUUGUGCUUAUGCGUUGUUCAUUUAAAAAAAGUAAUAAUGAAUAAAUAAGUCUGAAUACCUACAGUAGCAUGUCAUGUUCCCUGGAUCGGUGGCAUGUGAAAUCGGGUUAACUUGGGCAGUAACUAAAAAUAAAAAAAUGUAAUUGUCGAACCAGGUGUAUACCAUGUUCUCGGGAUCGGUGGUAUGUUCCUUUGGGGAGACAAACAAAAAAAAACUAAUAAUUGGUCGAGCCGGGUGUAUACCAUGUUCUCGGGAUCGGUGGUAUGUUCCUUUAGUGAGAUCGAUAAAAUAUUAUCAUUGCUUUAUUUCUGUAAAUAAGUGAUCUGAUCACAAGUUUAUGUUCUUUUUGUUCUCGGGAUCAUGCUCUCUUUAGGAACCAUUUGGCACAGUCAUCAUUUAAACUUGUUGAUCCUAUUUUAUCAUUGUAAAAGUUUAAAAUGGUCAUGCUUAUUAGUAUCCUACUGCUUUGUAGCACUCUUAACCAUUGAUUUUCACUAGCAAAGUUCAAAGCAUGCAUUGUUUGGAGAUCUACUUCACUAGGACAUUCUCUAGUCAGUUCGCUGUUCACUACCUUGCUCUUGUCAAAUGCCUUUACUUGAGGACAAGUAAAGAUUUAAGUGUGGGGGAACUUGAUAAGUACAUUUCCUAUUCACAUUUUGGCACACAAACACACCAUUUAUUGUGAUCCAACGAUCCAUUCUUGUUAUGAACUAUGAUAUAUUUGAAUGAAAAUCAUAUAAAAGAUCAUUUACUUGUCAUUUGAUUAUUUUGCAGAAAAGUGCGCAAAGGCACUAUAAACUUCAAGAUUCGGACAAAUUGGCUAUUGAGAAGAGAGAACAGCAGGAAAGAAGUGAAGAAAGGGACUUGAGCGAGAAGAAUUGAAGUAAUCAAGGGGCCAAGCUAUAGAUGGCAGGACCUACUUGGGAAGAAAGAAGAGAAAUAGCAGGGCCAAAUCGUAAAGUGGCAGAACAGGGGAGGGGAUCAAAAUCCCUAGCGCAUACUCAAUUCCCUUCGGGCCUGGCACAUCUCUCUCUCUCUCUCUCACCCCUCCUUCUCCAACUCCGGCCGCCGCCACGGCCAGGCCGGUGUCAUGGUGCGCCUCCACCUCCCAUCCAUCCACUAGCUCGACCGUGCCAUCUCCACCAACCGCCGCUGCAUCAUCCACCAUCUCGCGCCCCCGAUGCUCUUCUCCUCCCCACGCCCGAACUGCUGCUGCUCCUCCACCUUUCUUCUCCCCCCAAAUUCUGCUGCUGCUUUCUCUCUAACCUCCCCACGCCUCUGCUUCUUCUUCUCCCUCUCCUUGCUGCUACUCCUUCCUCUCACGUCCCCCCUGCUGCUGCUCUUCUUCUUGCGCCGAUCUGCUGCUGCUCUGCUUCCUCCACUAAACUGCUGCUACCUCUGCUUCUUCUCUUCCUACCGCUGCUUCUCCCUUCUCCAACUUCCUGCUGCUGCCUCCUCCUUCUCUUGCUCCGCUCCUCCUCCUAAUUUUCUCUAAACCAGAAAAUUGCUGCUGCUCUCCUCCAACUUGCUGCUGCUGCUGCUUCUCUCUCUCUCUCCGAUCUCAAAUUUCUGUAAUCUUGAGAAGUUUAUUGUUCAGUACUUUGGAAUAUUCAGAAUUGAGAUGUUUAGUUCAUGUAAUAUUCAGAUUUGAUAAGAGCUUGCAAUCUGACAAUUGUUCAGUUUCGUACUUGUGAAACAUAGUGCAUUUUAUUAUGCGCUCUGACUAGUUAAUGUCUAGUUGUUUGGAUAAUAUUUGGUAUGUUUGAUUUGAUGUGUGAAUUACCGGUUUGCUAGCA